GUCGUUUGUUUGGAUAAUAAAAAAUGUUGAAUGUUGAAGCAGUAGCCAGUAGUAACAUACACCUGGCUGUUGUAAUACCAUGUUGGUCUUGACAGGUAUUUUUACUUUCGUGAUUGUUUCGCUUUUCCGGCGAUUUUUGGACCCGAAAAAGAGGAUCUUAUCCCGGAUACCUGGUCCAAAAGGAAUACCGUUUCUCGGAAAUGCGCUACAAAUAGAUCCAAUCAACAUUCACAAGGAUCUGUUGUCAUUGAAGGAGACCUAUGGGGAUAUAUUCAAACUGGACUUUGCUGGCGACCAAGUAGUGGUUUUAAAUAGUCAUGCUGCCAUAUACGAAGCUCUUGUGACAAAGUCUAAGGAAUUUGCAGGUAUAGUGUUUGACUAUUACGUAGUUUUUUUACUGGCAAUAGGUGGCCAUGCUAUAGCAUACGAGCAAUGAUUUGACGAGUGUCAGGCAAAAUAAAUUUUGUGAUAUCACACA